AAACACAUGAUCACAUGACAGAGAAUCAGUUCCACUUCAAAAUGGCUUUAGGGUGUACUAGGCUUCAGCAAGACUCUGCAGCACUAGUAAUAGUUUUGGCGUGUGUUCUCUGCGCGCCGUGUGCUGCUCUCUACAGGAGGUCGCACAGAGAUGGAGCUCCGCUGGAGUCUGCAGCUGAGGAGCAGUGGUUCAUCCAGAGACUCGAUCACUUCAGCGGGGCCGACACUCGAGUCUGGAAACAGAGAUAUUUCGUGAAUGACACCUUCUACAGACCCGGUGGUCCGGUCUUCCUGAUGAUCGGAGGAGAAGGUCCGGCAAACCCCGCCUGGAUGCAGUACGGAACCUGGCUGCUUUACGCACAGAAACUGGGCGCCUUGUGCUUGUUACUGGAGCACCGAUUCUACGGGAAGAGUCACCCGACAGAGGACCUGAGCACUGAGAAUCUGCGUUUCCUCAGCAGUCGUCAGGCAUUGGCUGAUCUCGCUCACUUCCGCACGGUUACCGCAGUGACGCGAGGCCUGACCAAUAACAAGUGGGUUGCGUUUGGGGGCUCCUACCCAGGAUCCCUUGCUGCCUGGUUCCGUCUGAAGUACCCACACCUGGUGCACGCCUCCGUAGCGACCAGCGCACCUGUUCACGCCACUGUCAACUUCCCAGAAUAUUUAGAGGUUGUGUGGCGAUCGCUGGCGGCGGAAAACCCAGAGUGCCCUCUAGUGGUGAAGAAAGCAUCGGACACAUUGGUAGAACGACUCCAUGAUCCGAAAACCUACGACAACAUCACAAAAGACUUCAGGUUGUGCUCUAAGCUCCAGAUCCAGACCAAGAUGGAUUCUGCGUAUCUUUUGGAGUCCUUGGCUGGGAAUUUCAUGGAUGUAGUGCAAUACAAUGAGGACAACCGGGGGUUUGAGGGCGUUGUGGGCACUAACAUCACCAUAAAGGUGUUGUGCAGUGUGAUGCUGGACUCUUCGUUAGGUGAGCCGUACGAUCGAUACGCUGCUGUGGCUCGACUGAUGCAGAACACAUUCUCUCAGGCCUGCAUAAACACCCAGUACAAGAGCUACAUCCAGGACAUGAGCAACACAAGCUGGAGCGGCCCUGAGGCCGGAGGAGGGCGGCAGUGGGUGUAUCAGACCUGCACCGAAUUUGGUUUUUAUCAGAGCACCGAUUCACCGAACCAGCCCUUCAGUGGAUUUCCCUUACCCUAUCACUUGCAGCAGUGCGCUGACAUAUAUAACCUCAGCACCUCGUUGGACGAUGCUAUUCAGCAGACCAAUGAGGAAUACGGAGGAUAUGACAUCAGAACCACUCGCAUCGUCUUCCCCAAUGGUUCCAUUGACCCUUGGCACGCCCUUGGAGUGACCCAGGACAUCACAAGCGACCUUCCGGCUGUCUUCAUCAAAGGUACGGCUCACUGCGCUAACAUGUACCCGGCCCGAGCGGAAGACCUUCCUCAGCUGAGUUUAGCGCGGGACCACAUCUUCAUCCUGCUCCAGAAGUGGCUGGCCGAGUGAUCGACAGCAGCAGCAGCAUCAGGUGCACAGACGUGUGUAACGAUGUUUAAUGGUACUACGGCAAUGCAAAGAAGGAAUUUUCUUGCUUUAGAAAUCCAUUUUUGUUGGUUUUUAUAACAAUCUUGAAUUCAAAAUCAGUUUUGAAUGUAAUAUGUUCAUGAAUAAAUGUCUUUUUUUCUUGAUGUAAAUCAUUUUUUUGCAGCAAUAAAAUAAAUUUUAUAAUGUUGAAAACCUU